AUGACUGGGCUUGGCGACUUAAUAUCAGGUGACCCUUCUCAGGGGUGAUUUUCGGAGGCGAGAUGAGCUCUCCAUAAUAAAAGGUGUACUCUUCGCUCGAACACCGUAUUUGAACUUGUUUGCGAAAACACGGCUGCGUUCUAGAACAUCAACUUUCCCCGCAAAAAUGGCGAUUCCCUGUCCUUCUUGUUCACCUAGGUACCUUAGCGAGCGACGUACUUUUAACAGACCUUGUCGAGCCUUCUACAAAGCCAUGAAGAUCAGCAAGAUACUGAUUAAACCAGUACGUGUGAGCAUUAUCUGGCGCUUUGAUAGACUCAUCGGAAAGGAUACACCACCCGCUUGCUAGGGGAGGAGGUCACACGUGAUCUCGGAAGUGCAGUUGAGGGACUGACCCCUGUUCCCGUUAUUUUUCUAGAGUAAAAUGGUACGAAGAUGUCCACGCCACUAGAAAGAAAAUCCAUUCUCGUGAUGUCUACCUCUCUGGGCGGAGACGCAUUGCCUUUCCAUGAAGAAACUCCCCACGCGUGAGCGACUCGAGAGGGCAAGUAACACAGAAGCAGUUAAUAUGCUCGUAGGACAGCUUGUCUUCUGCCAGAACAUCUCGCUUUCUUGUCUUGCUACCUUUUCUAUUCUCCUCACCCAUGUCAUGUUGGAUACACCCGAUCUGUUGUAUCUUCGGCUUCCGAAACAUGCAUACAGUCUGACACGAGAAAGUUGUAUCGUUUUCUCCAAAUCCGCACCUCUCUAUUUACUUAUCCGCCACUUGUGAAGGACAAAUGUUCCCUUCCGUCAACAGUUGCCAUCAACUCAAAAAUGCCCGCUCCAUAGCUGGAACAUCUUAGGCUUAGCCGCCAAAAAGACCUUCCCCUGCCUCGAGAUGAUGAUCGACAUCUUUGAGGCCAAUACCAUACAUGGGGUAGAGCGUCAGCAUAAGAGCAUUCUUCCCCACGAGUAUCCAAAAUUCUUGUCAUUGUGUCGACGAAACCUUGCACAAUAACGGCGACCUCAAUGGCAUUUCAUCGCCAGGCUGAUUCAAAAAUGUCCCACCAACGAGCUCUUCCACUCCGAGGAGUUCAAUACGAACCGAUCGUAAUCGAACUUGCGAGCAAGAUCGAAAUAGAACCUGGGUGGAAGGAGAGUUUCGAUACAGCAAUCGAACAAGCCAAAGCGAGCGGCAUUAAGGAGAUGGACAAAAUCGCCAACAUGGACGAUUUCUACAAGUACUGUAACGACUGGCUCUUCUGGGUACCUACGGAGAAAGAGACCGGAAGAGAAGUGUACUUCCAACUCUGCCUCUUUUACUUCGUAUUUCAGCAACAAGCAGUCCGCGACCUCCAGAGUCCCAUUCGUCCAGGCGAAGGCGGCAAACCCCUCACUUGGCUCUCAGACUGGCUGGUCCGCUACGCCAUCAAACUUGGCGAGUUCCUCGACACGCCUGAGUCUUUGACUAAGGCUAGCUUGGACUCGUUCUAUGCGGCUCCAGAUUAUAACAUGGGAGACUACAUCCAGCCUCGGGGCGGAUGGAAGACAUUCAAUGCUGUCUUUGCACGGGACUUCAAGCCCGGGUAUCGACCCAUUGCAGCUAUCUCAGAUCCAACCGUUAUCACUUCUCCAGCCGAUUGCACAUACGGUGGACAAUUCGAAGUCCGCUCCGACUCAGGCGUCGAUAUCAAACAUAUCCAUUGGCCGAUCAGCGAACUCCUCGCAGGAUCUCCAUACAGUGAUCGAUUCAACAAUGGACUAUUCAUCCACUCCUUCCUUGGCCCAGCAGACUACCAUCGUCAGCACGCACCUAUUGGCGGCAAAGUACUCGAAGCUCGCGUUAUCCAAGGACAAGUCUAUCUCGAAGUCAACCCGAAACGAGACGAUGACGGCCGUCUGACGCUCAGUCCACAGCGCAAACUCCACAAUACCGUCGAUCACAAAAAUGUGACUGCUCCGCUUGGGGUUGAGUUCGACGCCCCUGAUAAUCCAGGUUACCAGUUCGUCCAGACUCGCGGGCUUCUCGUUUUGGACACGGCCAUUGGACUGGUCGCUGUCCUGCCGAUGGGUAUGGCUCAAGUGUCGUCGGUUAAUAUCACUGCUGAGGUGGGAGUCACGCUGCGGAAGGGAGAGGAGAUUUCGUAUUUCCAGUUCGGAGGGUCGGAUAUCGUUUUGGUUUUUGAAGCAAAGAGUAAUGUGAGUAUAACUGCUCAGGUUGGCACGCACUACAAGGUUGGAAAUCGUAUUGCGCAAGCGUAUCCUGUUGAGUAGACAGGAGGUCCAAUGUCUAGAACUACUCAACAAUCUAUAUUCUAUCAUUCUACCUACAAUCAUAGAAUUAUCUUGAC